AGUCGGCCUUGCCUUGCCCUUGCCUUGCCUUCCGCCUCCAGGGAGGAAGCCAGAGGCACGGGGCGCCUGGUGGCGGGGGAAGAGGCCCCAUUCCCGGCCCAGGAGAGCCCCAGCCCCGGCGGAGGGCUGCUGAAGCACUACAAGCCCCGUGGCGCCCGGCGGGGGCCGGAGAGGGCGGCAUGGAGGGCUCUGGAUGCGGAGGCUGCGGCUGCCCUGCUCCGGGGAGGGAGGCGGCGGCAGAAGAGCUCCGCGGGGCCAGGAGCAGGAUGUGGGUCUUCGGCUACGGCUCCCUCAUCUGGAAGGUGGACUUCCCCUACGAGGACAAGAUGGUCGGAUAUAUCGCCGGGUACGGGCGCAGGUUCUGGCAGGGCAGCACCGACCACAGAGGGGUCCCCGGGAAGCCUGGAAGAGUUGUGACACUUAUUGAAGAUCCUGAGGGCUGUGUAUGGGGUGUUGCAUACAAACUACCAAUCGGACAUGAAGGCGAAGUAAAAGCAUAUCUUGAUUUCCGAGAGAAAGGAGGCUACAGGACUACAACUGUUCUUUUCUAUCCCAAAGAUCCCUUAGUGGAACCAUUCGAUGUGCUGUUAUAUAUUGGAACCUGUGAAAAUCCUAACUACCUUGGACCAGCACCUCUAGAAGAAAUUGCCGAACAGAUUUUUAAUGCAGUUGGUCCUAGUGGAAGAAACACAGAAUACCUUUUUGAACUCUGCAACUCGCUCAGGGAUCUUGUACCAGAAGAUGUAGAUGAACAUGUUUUUGCUUUAGAGAAACUAGUAAAGAAAUUCUUGGAACAAGAACCAAAAAAUCUUAAUUCCAUAUAAAAAUAUAUAUUUAAAACAUUCUUCAUCAUCAGAAUAAUUGUUUCAUAGACAACAAAUGUUUUAUUUGGAGAUGUUCCAACUGGACUUUAAAAUAUUUCCUUCAGGGCACUACUGUUAUUACUCAGUAGAAAACUACAUUUAAAAUUAUGUCUUCAGGAGUUUAAGGGAGGAAGAACUUUGAAUUUUGGUGAAAUUUUCAACAAUGCUUUCUUCAUUUCUCAAAUGUGCAGAAAGAAUUUAGGCCCAGUUUUAAGUGUGAGAGGAAACUUUAUUGAUUUCAAGUUAUUUAGACUUUUUUUCAGUUUUUUAAAAAAUGUAGAUUUGAACUGGAUCCUGCACAUGGACAGACUAUAGCUAUAAUUCAAGGCAUAUUUACUUGGUGGUUCCCCUAUCCAACAAAUUCAGGCUUGCUUAUGGUGGUAAGCAUUCAUAGGAAUGAGCUGUAUAUGUCAACAUGGACCUGAAUCAUACGUACUCAGCAACAGUGCCAGUGGUGCUUAUGGAUUAUAGCACUAACAAGGAAAUCCUAUGUACUGCAAUUUACUCCCAUGGAAGAAGGUUCAAUUGAAUUUAAAGUAAACAUCAAUAGAUUUA